AUUGCUCUAAUAUGUGAAGGGAAUGUUUACAAACUUUAGGUUUUUUGCGCUCUAAAAUUAAUGUGAUUGUGCAGUUAUUUUGCCCUUGGCAUUCUGAUAUGCUGUUUCAUGACUGAAUAUGCCUUUUUUAAAGCAGUCCAGGCAAAUAGAGCCUCCUUGGAAGGAAUGGGACAGAAAAGCACAGAAAUCUGGGAUUCGACAUACUGUUUAUUCAGUAAAUGGGGAUCAGUACACUGGAGAGUGGCUGGACAACAAGAAACAUGGAAAAGGUACACAGCUGUGGAAAAGCACAGGAGCCCUCUAUGAUGGAGACUGGAAAUUUGGAAUGCGUAAUGGAUUUGGAACGUACAGUGUGCCUGACCCUGUCACUAGGGAAUAUAAGAAAUUGUAUUCUGGGGAGUGGAAAAAUGACAAGAGACAUGGUUAUGGAACUAACUUUUACUCAGACAAUGAAUAUUAUGAAGGAGAGUGGGCCAAGGAUAAAAGACAUGGAUGGGGACGAAUGUACUAUGAAGAUGGAAUGAUAUAUGAAGGGGAGUGGUCUGAGGACAGCCAUGGUGGUCAAGGGAUGCUUCGACUAGUAAAUGAAAAUCGAUAUGAAGGCUCUUGGAAGAAUGGAAAGAAACAUGGACAUGGUAAAUUUUUCUAUUUGGACAGAGGACAGUUGUAUGAAGGUGUAUGGGUUGAAGAUAUUCCAAAAUGCGGAACUAUAACUGAUUUUGGUCGUGAAGGAGCUCCUGCUCCUACUGUUUAUCCAAUUCCAAAGGUUGAACUAGCAAAUCCCAUUGCUGUUCUGCAAGAAGCUGAAUCCAUUUUUCUCAGUGAUCAAGAAUGAAUGAAUGGGACUGAGCUUCAGCAAACCUUAUAUGCCUUAAAUGCAUGGCAAGACAUGCCUUCAACAACCUGUGCUGUUAAGUGAACCCAAAAGGUUUAGUGCACAUGUAAACAGGUUUCUGGUUUGUGUAAUGCUGCACAACUCAACAUUUUCCUCAGUGAAAUAAUCUGUUACUAUUAUUUUUUUUCUUUUUGCCAAAUACAGAAUGUUUCUUAUGCUAGAACAAUCAAGUCUUUUGAGUUUAUAUGCAGUCACAUCAACAAUUUCCAUUUUUUUAAAUGUAAUUUGAAAUGGCAAUAAAAUAUUAAA